AUGGGGAAAAGAAAAUCGGCUAAACCACAGAAAUAUGUUCAGCAGUCAGACGAAGAUGAUGAAGAUCAUCUGGAUUAUUACGACGAGAUGGACGAAACCGAAAAUAUCGAGACCCCUUCCAUAUCAAAGACUGUAACUACUUCUGAAAAGAACCUGAGAGCUUUAUGGCCUAAGGAUAAACCGCCUGAAUUGACUAAAGAUGUAAAAACUGAAAACAAUCAUACUCCGGUUAAAGGAUCUGUUGAAAGUGACUUUUGGGCUAGCCAUUUCCCUCUAACUACAGAUGGUGUUUCAAAUAGUAAUAAUAAAUUUGAUUUUAAUAAUUUUAAGGUAGACUCUUCAAAUGCAGUAGACAACUUUAGAGAAAGCUCCCGUAGCAUUAACCAAGGAAGUCCGUUAGAAACCCUUCUUUCUGAACGUAUUUAUAAUUCAAAUCCUUUUCUAGAGGAAAGGUUGAGAGAAAGUAUGAGUUUGAACCAUAACAGGAACUUGAGCGGAACAGAAAGUGAUCGUAUAAGUGCACACGAUAUGGAGUAUGAUAGGAGGGGCUCGAGGCCAAAGCGUCGUAGAAAGUAUGUGACAUAUCCGGCGACUUUUCGCCUGGAAGUUGUCACACAUGCGGAAAGGUAUGGCAAGAGUGCUGCUGCUAAGAAGUACAAUAUUUGUGUAGAAAAAGUUAGUAUGUGGUGUAAAACAAAAGACAAUAUAGUUCAUAAGGUUAAAAAAGGUACCCAUCCAGCCGACGGGGGUUUCGAUACCAGUUACGAUGACAGAACAGAAGACCUUUCAAUGGCCGGAACUCCAGAGAGAACGAUGGACGAUGAGGUUGAGAGUACGAAAGAAAUAGAAGAAGAAAAGAGGCAACAAAUUUCCCAAGAAUUGGAAAUGCUAUAUAACGACGAGUCCGAUGCUUCUGAUAAAUAUGAUGGAGACGCUCUACGGAGGCCAGAAGUUGUGUUUCCACCAUUUUUUAAAUACAGGGUAACUCUCUUUGCCGAGAAAAAGGGCGAGAAAGAGGCAUCAAGAGAGUUCCACGUUUGUGAAAAGAGGGUUGCUAUUUGGUGCCAAGCAAAAGAAUACCUUGCCGAGUAUGUGAAUGCCCAUAAGGUUGAGGAAUGGGAAAUUGAUUUGUAUGUGAAUUUGAAAAAGUUAUUAGAAGAAAAUUAUCAAGUUACAGUAAGAGACUUAAUAGUUCGGGCAGAGCAAGCUCAGUUAGCAAGUUCAUCUACAAAAUCCACAAUCAGCACUGCUUGGCUCACAGAUUGGUGUCAGAAAUUCAAAGUUUGUUUUAGGAGUGUAUUAGAAAGCACACCUCAGCCUUUAACCGAAAAUACCUGCUUAAUAUUGGAAACAAGCCAUUUUCAGCUUGAUCGAGAAGAACUGCAGAUAAUAUCCCUGCGAUCAAAGAAAUCUGCUAAAGUACAAGACAUAAUCGACAGCACUCGUACUUUGGAUGCAUCUCCCAGCACUUCUGAUCGAGAAGACUCUUUCUCUUCAUUCUCGUUUAACAGCAAGCGUAGACGACGUUCGUAUACGUUAGCUUUUAAGCUUGAGGUUGUGAAGUUUGCACAGAGUAACACGAAACACGCGACAUCGCGAAAAUAUGGUAUUGCGCGCCGCGUUAUUAGUCGCUGGAUUGCAGACAAAGAAGUUUUGCAAACUGAUUUGUUAAAUGCUACUCAACAUGUACUUGGCAGCAAUAAUAUGGACGAUGAUGUUGAUGUGCAGCUUUUAAAGUGGUACAGAGAAGUGAAGAAAAAAGGUCAACGAGUGACAAAGUCCUUACUUUUCGCUCGAGCAAAUACCUUGUUUGAACAGCAAUCUACACCCAACAGCGGACCAACAAAGAUAGCCACAAGUAGUUGGUAUCGCCAUUGGCUUGUGAAGUGUAAAGAUCUUGGAGAAGAUAUCCAAAUUGAAGAAGAUUCACUGCCAUCAGCUAGCUCAACACUCCCUUCUACCCAGACAACAGCUUUGGAUUUGCAGAACAGAAAUUCUGAAGGCAGCUCUCUAAAUGCUUUGAAGCAAGCUUACAUGACCAAUGCAAUUUUGAGUACUAUGAAACCAACAGAAAUGGACCUAAAGCUUAUGACCCAAUUUCCAGAAUUAUUAAAUGCUAUACAACAAAAUCCAUCCAUCAUACAUGCUGCAGCUCAGAUGCAAGCCCAAGAUUCAGAUUUAUACAAAGCUUGCUCUUCUUUGCAAGCAGUUAUGAAUUUGUGCAAAGAUAGAAACUCUGAGAACAACAGCAUGAAUCAAAACUUUCCCUAUCUUAAUCAUGUCGCGGAAAUUCCUUUGGUUGAGGACAGGAAGAACGUUUCAAAUAUGAGUGUUAAGAAAAGGAGAGAAAGAUAUUCUCCGGAUUUUAAAUUGAUGGUUAUUGAGUACGCUGCCAGCCAUUCAUAUCAGGAAACUUCUAGAAAGUUUGGUGUACAUCAUAUCACGGUAUCCGAGUGGUGUAAAGAUAAAGAUAGAAUACGAAAGAAAGUCUACUGUGAGAACCUUCAAACUUUGCAUACGAAGAUUUUAAAAUCGGAAACUGCAGAACAAAAGUUUUUAUCUUGGAUACAAGAUUGCAAUAAAAAUAAAAUUAUCAUUAAACCAACUGACGUGCAGAACAAAGCUAAUGAAAUUUUAAACAUAAUAGGUGAAGCAGAAGUAAAGAAAAAAUGUUGGUGGUUCUACCUUUGGAACAAGCGAGGUAUGGAACCCGGAAAGUUAUACGAAGAAGAUGCAGAUGUUUUAGAAAAGGAAAGCCGCGUAAAUUAUCCACCAGCUGUAAAAGUAGAAAUAGCAAAAGUUGCUGAAAGACAGAGUGCUAAUUGUGCUGCUCGAUGUUUUCGAGUUGCUCGUAAGCGAAUUCGAGAGUGGGUAAAAUCCAAGGAUAAACUGAAAUGGUUGGCCGAAACCGGCCAAGUGAGAGAACGGGGAGGGUCCUUAUGUGGGCAAAAGGUAAACUGUUUGGAUGUUGAUAAAGAAGUUUUUGAUUGGUAUAGCAGCUCAAGAACAUCAGACAGCGCUCCUCAACUGCAAGAAAUUCGUUCUAAGGCACUUGAAAUUUUUCAGAAGCAUGGCUUCUCUAAUAUGAAAUGUAGUAAAGAGUGGUACAGAAAUUGGUGCAAGAGAUAUGGAAUAUGCAGGAGUUUACAAAAGGAUAAUCAGUUAAUUAAAUGGAUAUUGUCAAGAUACGAUAAGAAUUUGCCCAUCACUAAUCAGGAGCUAGUUGAAUAUGUUAUUUCUGAAAAAAUGAAAACAGGUGUAGAUGUGAACGAUCAACCUGCUGAAGAUUAUGUGCUCUCAUUCUGCAAAAGAUAUCCUCGGCUUCUAGAAGCGCUGCCCAGUGUAGGCGAGACAUUUCCCGAAGAAAUGGAAGCGGAAGUGAAUAAGUUUCGUUGCACGAUAAAAGAACUUCAAGAAGAGAACAAUUUUUCAAUGCUGGCUAUUGGUAGCAUGGAUGAAAUUCCUCUGCUAUUCACAUCUUCUGGAAACGAAAGAAGAGUGAUUGUUAAUAGUGGUAUAAACUCUUGCAAUGCUGUAGUCUUUCUCUCCUGCUUAGCUGAUGGAGCUUUCUUACCGCCCAUGAUUGUUCUGAAAGGUCCAGAAGAUACUCCCAUUUCCAGCACGCUGCCACACGUUGUCUUCAGAGAAAAGGUGCUGGUGGAUCAACACAUUGUGAAACAAUGGGCUGAUGAUGUAUGGCUGAGCAACGUGCCGUCUCCCAGCAUGCUCUUGAUGGACUGUUCCGAGCCACACAUGUGCAGCUCGGUGCAAGACGCCAUGCUGGAGUCCGGCAUCACACCUGUGAUCAUGCCCGAUGGUUGUGCUUCUAAACUGCAACCUCUCAGUGCAUGCAUAACGAGAAAUUUCCAAGAGUUAGUUCAAGAAAUUUGGAAUUCUUCGAGAAGCGCGAAUUCUGCCGAAGCGAAAGCGGCGUCGAAUACUUAUGUCCCAUCUUCCAGCGAGGUCUCCCGGUGCAUCAUGGAUGCUUUCGAAAGACUCCGAAAUCAACGAGACUUGGUACGCCGCAGCUUCGUCGUCACUGGAAUAGCAGUCGCAGCAGAUGGAAGUGAAGAUGCGCUGAUAGAAAACAUGGACUGGUUUGGAUGCUCUGGUGAUGAGCAUGUCUUAUCUCCUGCCAGUGACAGUGAGCCUGAUUCUUUGGAUGAUUAA